UUCCGGGAACUAGGAGCGAUUCAAGGUUCCAAGAGCGUCGCUGGUUUCUAGACGCUCUAAACAGCAACGUCAUCCCAAGCGAGGUUGACCCCAGGACACCCUACAUCCUAUCACUUCCACUAUCCACCCACUCUCACCGCGACUGUAUAGACAUUCAGCUUUGCGCUUUUUACCUCGGCAGUAAUCCGGCAGACCGAGACACAACCGUCGUACCUGCCUAUCCUUGCAACAGCGCGCGCCGCACGCUGGAACGCCCAUCCACACCUGAUUACCAAGACAACAACCGCCCGUUACACUUCGACACCCCUCGUGCUCCCGUCAUGUCCGUCGAGCUCGAUCCCGUAGAGCUUGGAUUCAAGCGACCUUUCCAGCAGGAGGUCUCGCAGACCCUCCACCUGAAGAACCCACACUCCGACCCAGUCGCAUUCAAGGUCAAAACCACUGCUCCCAAACAAUACUGUGUGAGACCCAACAGUGGACGCAUCGAACCUGGCAAAGAUGUCGAAGUUCAGAUCCUCUUGCAAGCGAUGAAGGAAGACCCGCCGCCAGAUGCGAAAUGCCGCGACAAGUUCCUUGUGCAAUCUGUUCUCGUCACCGCUGAUAAGGAGUUUACCAAUGUUGGAUCUCUUUGGGCGCACAUCGAGCAGACUUCGAAGUCAUCUAUUCAGGAGAAGAAGAUAAGGGUCCUCUUCCUCGCCGCAGACGAUUCCAUGGCAACCCCUGCGAAGACGAAUGGUGUCAGCCGCGAUUCGCUGCUUCCCUCUCCAUCACCCGAGGCCGUUACUCCCCAACGCGGCGUAUCAGAAGCUCCUGGGCCUGUCUCGCGUCCACAAGACCGUCUAGCAGACAGCAAGCACCUGGGAGAGAACAAUGACGAGACAUAUAGCCCUGCUACAUCUGGCGGUGUGCAGUCAACUGUGGUUGCAGCAGCUGCAAGUGUGAAGAACGCCCUCCCGUCUCAGGGAGAUGUGCAAGCCCAGCUUGAAGAGGCUCGAGCACAGAUUGCCAGGCUGACACAGCAAGUGGGCGAAAGCGCCGGUCUCCGCCAGCGAAAGACAGAGUCCACACGCGACUCGAAAGCGCAGCUGUCGACCGCUGUCGACGCCCAACAGGCCCCCGCGGGUGGCGUACCCAUCCAUAUUACUGCCCUCCUAUGUCUCAUCAGCUUUCUCCUCGCCUACUUCCUUUUCUGAACAUUUCCCCCACAAUACCCCAUAUAGCACAAGCCAAGCAACAUGCCGUGCGCCAAUGGCGGCUUACAUGUACGAAGAGGAAAUCGUGGGGUAUCAGAUGACGUUUUCGAGUACGAAAAGGACGGGGGAUGCGACGGAA